GGCGACCCUACAGCUCCCAGUCCAAGCCCCUACUGACUGAGCCACUGCUCAUAUGUGCGCAGUGCAAGUUCCAACAAUCAGAAUGAAUGUUCCCUGCGUCUCAUGGGGUCUAAAAACAUAUCACACCAUUUGUAUUAUCUUUUAGGUUGCCUGGAAACACCGUCAGAUCACUCAGGAGUAUGAGGACGACAAACUGGAGUUGAUGAAACUCACAGAAAUGAUCAACGUCCAGGAGCACGCACUUCUGGAAACAAACAGGAAUCAUGAAACAGCCAUACAGCGCCGCAACUCGCUUGGCGUUCAGCUCCUGGAGCACGAAGAGAUGUUAUUCAGCUCCUAUGAAAAGGUGAACAUCCAGGAGGCGGCCAUAACUAAGGGCUACAUGACACUGGAGACCCUGGAGAAGGAGACGAAGGAUUUACAGCUGGAGAUUAAUGAAGAGGAGAGACAGAUCGACCUGAAGAAGAAGGAACUGCCCCUCAGGAAAAAGUGGGAGGAGGACAUCACCAUGCUGCAGAUAGAGCUGUCAGAAGCACGGGACGAGACACUUGAAGGUCUGAAUCGAACGAUUGGUUACAAAGUGCUGAAAGGAAACGACCCAACGGCUGUAGAACUGAUCAAGAAGAUUGAACAGGUACGCUCUCAGGAUGUGACGUCUGGUCUCCCCAAGACUAUUUGGUCUCGCAGGUACGGUCUGUUCCCCCCUGCCAAGGGUACGUCUCUUCAGCUGGCUGAAGAGGAGCAGUGGAACCAGUUGCCUAAUGGAGAGUACACCACGGCUGAAUCCCGUCCCAACGCCUACGUCCCGGAGACCGGCCCCCUCCCUCUGCCCAAACCCUACGGAGCCCUGGCCCCCUUCAAGCCCUCCCAGCCAGGGGCCAACAUGAGACACAUCCGCAAGCCAACGCUCCAACCCUUAGACAUCUAG